UUAUCAAAAAUCCCAGCUGUGGGUCUCAGUUUCCUAUGAGACAGUAUGAUAUCUGUGAGAUAGGAAAAAGAGAACGAGAGACACAGAGGCAGAGACUUGAGAGAAGCUGGAUCUUGGGCUGAUCUAAACUGCUCUGGGCAGCAAAGACAAAAGACACCAAGGACAUCCAGUGUUUAUUCAUUACAAGUGUGGGAAGGAGGGAGCUGGGCAGGCCUUUGAACACCUGCUGGUAGCAGUUAUCAUAAGCAGGACUGUAGAAUGAGGGCACUAGUAUAUCUUAUGCAGAAGAGAGCAAAUGGUUAAUUCAGAGGGGAAGAAUUUAGUGGGAAUCAGUUGACCUUGGUCGGAGGUGAACUCAGGAAGGCCCUGCUACUUCUAAUGUAACACAGCUGAAUUAUGGAGGGGCCAGAAGCUUGUGCCACCUAUAGCUUGGUAAUACUGGGCAGACGUGUCUGCUACACUACAGGUGGCAGUGAUGUGCCAAGAUAUGCCACUGAGGAGAUCUUGGACCCCUAUUUAUUGUCUUGACACAUCAUUUCUAUUUUAAUUUAUCUCCUGAAUAAGUUGUUCAGCUGCGAUCAGGCCCUCAUCUUAGUAAUCAACAUUAUGUUGAUUAUCAGGCCCUCACUCCACUGUCUGCCCCACCCUCUACAGCUGGCCAGCAGUACCAGGCACCCGUGGGGAUGGCAGGUAAUGCUGGGUGGUCCAGAGAUAAGGGACAUUUGCUUCUGGCUGGAACUUGCUGGAUGUUGGAAAAACCACUCAUUAUUUAGUACAUAUGUUAAUCAGCUAGAGAAAUCCCAGGCUGGAAGAGAGAUGCAGGGCUUGUGAGCCAGACAAGCGAGGGCUGCCAAGGGCAACCUAGCUCCCAGGGCCUUGGCAGAGACAUAGCUCCAGGGAGCUUCAAAAAUAAGGUCACCUGUUCCUUUAUCCUGGGGAAUCAGUGACAGAGACACAGUUCAUGGGCCAAUGGAGAGUAAGAUUAGAAGGAAUGUCCUUAAUAAACUCCCCAAUGGGAAGCGGUUUUGCUUUCCCUCUGUCUCUCAGGGCACUCAACCAACUGGGCAUUGGAAAACAAGUUUUGGUGCCAGAGCCUUCGGUGUGUUCUGAAGCUGCUUUUCCGGAGACAGGCCCAUGGACACAGUGCGGAUUGCUGUUGUUGGAGCAGGCGUGAUAGGGCUCUCCACUGCUGUGUGCAUUUCCCAGCUGGUCCCUCGAUGUUCCAUCACCAUCAUCUCAGACAAGUUUACUCCUGAUACCACCAGUGAUGUGGCCGCUGGGAUCCUUAUUCCUCAUGAGUAUCCAGAAGCGGUGGUUCAAAGAGACCUUCGAUCACCUGUCCUCAAUUGCCAGCUCCGCGGAAGCUGUAGAUGCUGGUGUUCACCUGGUAUCUGGAUAUUUCAGAGCAUUCCUACAGAACAAGCGCCAUUCUGGGCUGACGUGGUUCUGGGAUUUCGAAAGAUGACUGAGGCUGAGCUGAAGAAAUUCCCCCGAUAUGUGUUUGGUCAUUCCUUCACUACCCUGAAAUGUGAAACCUUGAUCUAUCUCCCAUGGUUGGAGAAAAGGCUGAAGACCCAUGGAGGCCUGCUCCUCCACAGGCGAAUAGAAGACCUGUGGGAGCUCCAGCCGUCCUUCGACAUUGUGGUCAACUGUUCAGGCGUGGGAAGCCGAGAGCUUGUGGGAGACGCAACAGUUUUUCCUGUGAGGGGUCAAGUACUCCAAGUCCAGGCCCCCUGGGUGAAGCAUUUUAUCCGGGAUGGGAGUGGGCUGACGUAUAUUUACCCCGGUGCAUCUCAAGUCACCUUGGGUGGAACUAGGCAAAAAGGAGAUUGGAAUCUGUCCCCAGAUGCAGAAAUUAGCAGGGAUAUUUUUUCCAGAUGUUGUGCUCUGGAGCCCUCCCUGUGCAGGGCCUGCAGUGUGAAGGAGAGGGUGGGCUUGAGGCCCAACAGACCAAGUGUGCGGCUGCAGAAAGAGGUCCUGGCCAGAGAUGGACAGAGGCUGUCCAUAGUCCACCACUAUGGCCACGGAAGUGGGGGCAUCUCAGUGCACUGGGGCUCUGCUCUGGAGGCUGCCAGGCUGGUGAGCGAGUGCGCCCAAGCCCUCAGGACCCCAGCUCUGACAUCAAAGCUGUAGAUAACAUGAAAUGACAGCUAACAGCCCCAGACGCUAUUGAUCAAAGCACACUUAAAGCUGCAGAACAGGUUCAAAUAAUUUUUCUAUUGCAUGAAAAUUUAAUUAGAUAUUCUUUGUUUUCAAAAUGAGAAAUGAAGCAAUAUGUGUCAGUAUGCUUAGGAAAUCUAGGCUAACAGCACAGGGCGUGAAGGUGUAUUUUGUUAAAAAUGCUGGUGAUAUAGAAUAAGAUUUGUUUUGGAUCUGGUGUCUGAGUGUCUAUGCUGAUUUACAUGAAUGCUGAAAGCUACAAGGUUUUGAUACUUUUUGGCUCAUAAAUUCGCGAGAGGAGAUAAUGUAUGGCAAACACUUAAAUCACUGUCAACUGCAGAGUUGUGUAUGACCCUCUAAGGUUAUAGCCAGAUGAUCAUUAUAAUCCCUCUAAAACAAAUCAAUGAUGCUUAUGCAAUGCAGACUUAGAGCACUUAAUUGAAAACAAAGCAAGAUUACUGCUAUUGUUAGUAGAUUGGCUUCCUACCCACAGCUGGUGAUGGUGGUGGAAGACAGAGAUGAAGCUGCCUGUGGAUGUGGCAUCAAUCCAGUAGCUCCCUAGGGUCAUCCUCUCAAGGUUGUACGUUUCAUUACUACAAAUGUUUGGGAGCUGACUCAUGGUAUAGUUGACUAAGCACUUUUGAAGAUUGAAUACUGUAAGCAGCCAAAGAGCUAAUUUGCUGAUUGAGAUGGAACAAUCAUUCUGAAUGAUAUAUAACCAAAAAGUGUUCUGCAGGUUGCCAAGCAGUAUUGAGCAGGAGGGGAAUGAGUCUGGGAAUUUCAGAGUUAAACAAAUUGAACCUGGUUUAUUGGCUCAGGUUUUCGUAGAGCCUUUAAAAUGUCUAUGCAUUGUGAAUUCUCAGGUGGGUUUUUGGCUGGGUGGGUGGGAAAGGAGAUGUUAUUCACUGAAGUAAGAAAGCUUAAGAAGAAAUGAACUUAAUUUUAAUUUGGGAGAGAUGACAUGUUUGGUGAUAAUUCUAUUUUGGACAUCCUGGUGAAGAUACAGGGUCAACAGAAAAAAAAAUGUAAGAAAGACAAAGCUCCCAGCACAGCUCAGUUUUUAUUCUUUGUUUUUUGAGCUUUUGCUGUGAUUUUAUUCGAAGAGAACAUUCUGCUGGGGGCGACGGGGCACCAGUAUGUUACAUGACAUUAAAAUUCUGAAGUUAAAUCACACACAGAAUCCUUUUUACAGCUGUCCACCAGGGGGUGGUAUUGUAUUAACUCAUAUCAAACUGGUUCAUUUGAAAAUUUAAAUAGACUAGAAAUUAAAAAAAAAUAGUAACCAUU